GAUGGUUGCGGCGAUGGUGGUGGCCAUGGCGUGUGUUCUCCUUCUCGUCCAGCAUGAUUCUGUCAGGGCGACUUCGCUCGAUUCCGUGUACGUGGGAAACUGGAGAACGGAUGAAAACUACCUUCCAUGCGAAGAGGAUCCAUCCUGUGGAUAUGGAAACAUCAAUCUCGACAGAGAGGCAGCGUACAGCAACCCAUCUCCUCUUGCUAUCAUCAACGAUGACUACAAGGAAGGCCAGCUCAAUCCCUACCCUGGCCCGAGGAACUUUGGUCCCGAUUCUCCCGUAGCCUGGUUGCCUGAAGAGGAAAUGGACGACUACCCGGGGAUGGUUCGCAAGGUCUGGCCUGACUACACGGGCAGCGAGAACUCGAUCUCAGCUACCAGUGCUGCCAAGAGCGUGGGAGUACAGCAGCUCUACAUGAGGAGGAGACCGACUCUCUUUGUUAAGUAGGAGACGAAAAGUUUUUAACCUUUCGGGACUUGGGGGUGUCAAUUGUAUCUUAUAAACUUUGUUGUUUCUGCG